AUGGUCAGUGUCGUUUCCCGCUUGAGCCUCUGGGAAUCGACUUCCGGGGUCGUUAGUGGUUGUUGCGACGGAAGUUUGUACAUCUGGGAUUAUAACAAAGGGAUAGAUAUAAAAUAUACCAAGGGUGCUGCUUUUGUUCAAGUUUGGUCCGCUAAGUUUGUUGCUCGCAAGCAGUGGGUUGUAACUGGAACUGAUGAAAGUUUCAUUCGUGUCUACGACUACCACGACACCACCAAAUUAUUAUUAAUGGAUGAAAUCCGAGCAUUUAAGGCUCAUAGUGGUCCCAUUAAUUGUGUCGCUGUUCAUCCCACCCUUCCCUAUGUGUUAUCAGCAUCUGAUGAUAAGCUCAUCAAUCUCUGGAACUGGGAACAGGAUUGGCUUUGCAUGCAGACUUUCACAAGUCAUACCUAUUUUGUUAUGUACGUCACUUUCAAUCCCAAAGACACCAAUACUUUUGCUACUGCAUCACUUGACAAGACCGUAAAGAUAUGGAACCUUGAAGAUCCGAAGCCAAUUUCGACUUUUGAUGCACAUCAGGGUUCAGGGGUGAACUGUCUAGACUUCUAUCCUGGUGAGGAGGAUAAACCAUACCUCAUCACUGGUUCCGAUGAUUAUACUGCUAAGUUCGUCCAGCUGUUCAUAAAUCUCUUCUGGAAGCAGGUGUGGAACUACCAAACAAGCAAGUGUGUUAUGACACUUCAAGGUCAUACGAACUCUGUUAGAGCAGUGUGUUUUCAUCCAACCCUCCCAAUAAUUAUCACGGGAUCUAAUGAUAAAACUCUCCGCAUAUGGCAUGCCACCACUUUCAGGCUUGAGAAUACAGUGGAUCUUCGCAUUCGUGUUCAUGCUAUUGGACACAGGAAAGGUUCAUGUCGGAUUGUGUAUGGUUGUGACCAUGGACCCGGUAUGGUGAAACUCAUGCAUGAAUUGCCAGUGGCUAGUAUGGGCAACCAGGGAAAUGUUAUUUUGGCUAAACACAAUGAUAUACAUAGUGGAAUAAUCAAGCUCAUCAGCGGCAAAGAUGGGAUACUGGAUAUCAACGGAAAGCUAGGAACCUGCAGUUUUUAUCCUGAAUUUGAUAGAUUAGUGGUCUUACUAGGAACUACUACCAGCUUGAAGCACAGCCCUGAUGGUUGCUUUGUGGCUGUUUUGGGAAAUUGUGAGUACAUUAUCUACGAUGCCUGUACAUGGGAAAAAAUAUUAUCUGGCUCGGCGCUGGAAUUUGUUUGGUCAUCUGAGGGGGAAUAUGCUGUCAAGGUAAGCUCGUCACAGAUCAAGAUCUUCAGCAACAAGUUCCAGGAGACUGGGGGGCUUGCUUUCUCAGCAGAGUACAUUUUUGGUGGGACGUUAUUGGGAAUGUGCACAAAUGAUUCUGUAUUCUUCUUUGCUUGGGCGAAAUGUAGGUUCAUUAGCAAAAUAGACUUUCCCGUCAAAAAUCUUUACUGGGCUAACAGUGGUGAUCGAGUUGCAAUUGUCAGUGAUUCAUCGUUCAAGAUCUUUAAGUUCGAUCGCGACUCUGUUUCCUCUUAUUUGGAUGGCGGUAAAACAAUUGGGGAGAAAGGAAUAGUGGGAGCAUUUGAGAUUCUCAAUGAAACCAAGGAAUGUGUUCGGUCUGGCUUAUGGGUUAUGGAUUGUUUUAUCUUUUACGCCGAUUCUUGGAAGCUCAAAUACUGUGUUGGUUGUGAGGUAACCACAAUGGAUUGGCUGAGCGGUUCUUGGUCUGUGUUAUGUUAUCUCUCUGAUCGAGUGUGUCUAAUUGACAACAAGUUCAAAAUCACUACUUACACUUUACCUCUAAGUUUGAUUAAGUUCAAGACUUGCAUAGUGCGCGGUGAUCGGGAACAGGCUAGGAGCAUCUUCCAUACAAUUCCCGAGGAACAUCAUAGCAGCCUGGCAUGCUUCCUGAUCGCUCAAUGA